GGAGAAAAAUCUGAGAUAGAUUCCUAUCGAAGACACCCGUUUGGCAACAAUUUCAAGCUGCAUAAGCACUCAUUCCCAGGAUUUAACAAAUUGGUCGACAACCAUAUAAUCUAGUAGGCAGAGAUGAAGUUUGUAUCGACAGGGAUUAUCAUUUUAUUUGCAGUAGCGACGUGCGCUUCUGAUUUUUCGUUGCGGAGACGCACGCUUAGUGAAAUUCCAUCAAACGAAGUUGGUGAUAUUCAACAAGAUUUAUCUCGGGAACUGAAUGGCGGAAUCAAAUUUCGAGGAGUUGGGCACAGGCCUAAUGACAAUGAUCAUGGGGGAGGGUAUUCACACAAAAGCCCGAAAACUUACCACGAUUCCCGAGGCAACAAACCCAAUUAUUAUUCAAAGGGCGACAAGAGCUACAAGGACGGCAAGCCUCACGGAAAAUCAGCUAAGCGGUAUUCCCACAAGCACAACAAGUCGUACAAAGAUGGCAAGCCUCAUCAUUCUAAAUCSYWRAARCACAGCGAUAARUAUCAUAAAGGAGACAAGUCUUACAAAGAUGGCAAGCCUCAUCAUUCUAAAUCGUUGAAACACAGCGAUAAAUAUCAUAAAGGAGACAAGUCUUACAAAGAUGGCAAGCCUCAUCAUUCCAAAUCGUUGAAACAUAGCGAAAAGUAUCAUAAGGGUUCUCACAAAGAUGGCAAGCCUCACGAUAAGCAUGACAAGUCGCACAAAAGUGGACAGAAGAGCCUUAAGAAACACAGCAAGAAAGACAAGAAGUCGUCGAAAUCCUCUAAAAAAAAGAAAAGCAAGAGUGACAAAAAACACAAAAGCGAGAAGAAAAAACGCAAGUACAGCAAAAGUAAGCACGGUUCACACAAACUAACUAAGCCUCAAGGCAACCGGCAGCCUCAAGGCAACCGGCCAGGCGGCAACAAGCCUCCAAAAAUAAGUAAGUCUUUUCCUUUUUCGUUUUCCGAUAGAAUCACAACUCUUAUUACAAAUUUCAAUGAGGAUCUAAACAUUGGCUUAUUUUGUUUCGUCGCAGACAAUGACCGUGGCAUGGACAAGGAUGACAAGAACAACGACAAGAACAAUGACAAGGACGACAAAGAUGGUAAGUAAUGCUUCACCUUCAUAUUUCAUUUUGGCGCCGUUUCACUAUACGUGAUAUCUAAUACCAUAGUUUUAUUUUCUAUAGACAAGAACGAUGAUAAGAACAAUGACAAGAACAAUGACAAGAACAAUGACAAGGACAAUGAUAAGAACGAUGACAAGGAUAACGAUAAGGAUGACGACAAGGACAAUGACAAGAACAAUGACAAGGACAAUGAUAAGAACGAUAACAAGGAUAACGAUAAGGAUAACGACAAGGAUAAUGGGAAUGACAAGGAUGAUGACAAGGACAGUGACAAUAACAAAGAUAACGACAAGGACAAUGGCAAGGACAACGGCAAUGACAAGAAUAACAAUGGGGAUAACGGCAAUGACAAGGAUAAUAACAAGGAUAAUGGAAAUGACAAAGAUAAUGACAAGAGUAAUGGUAAGUGACAUUCGAUUCUGCAGUUUCAUGAGUGGAUUUAUUCUCAGUGGGUCAAAAUCUAACGUCACAAUGAAUUUCUUCGUUUCAGACAAAGAAGGAGAACAGAGGGGGGAUGCGCCAAAACGGAGGCGACUAGGGUCACGUAAUGCGGCAAGUAGGAUAAAAGUACGGGGACGGGGUUAAAGUAAAUUGAUUGCAUAUCAAUGGUGGGAAUUUGUUGCAUUCGAACUUUGUAUCGGGGUAUUUCAAGGUUGUUUCUUGUGCAACGUCAAAGUUACAUGUAGUUCUCUAUGCUAAUUAUAAG